AUGGAUCCUUUCAACCCCCAGAAUUUCAAUGAUUGGGUCAACCUAGACGGGAAUGAUAGCGCUUUACCCAACGAGUUCGAUUUUUUCAACAUCCCAGACAGUGAACAAAAUGCAGAAGUCCUUGGUGUGCCCAUGGCCGAAGCCCACACGGAAGAGAGUAUCGCGGCUGAGUAUCCAGCCAAUCUAACAUCUUCGCCUGAGUAUUCAAUGUCCGGACUAGACUCAGGACUCAACAACGACCAAGCCAAUAAUCUGCAGCAAACCACCGCUUCCGGAAACGUGCCACCAGUCGCAACUCCAAACAAUCUCGAGGCGCCUCAUUUUGACGGCUUGCAAGACUUCAGCGUGCAACGCCCACCAUUUCUGAACCGACCAAGGGUGGAACAGGCACCGUCACCGCUGAAUGAUGUUGCUGGAAUCGAAGCUGCAGCCCCGGAGUCGUCAGGUACUGGCGAUGAACGUCAGACUCCUCCUGAAAAAUCAAAGCAGCAGAUGCGAUACGAGAGGAAGUGUCGCAAACAAGAAGAAUGCCGGCGGGGACGAGAGGCCAAGGAAGCUCAGAACCGACAGAACUUCCAGCAGCCACGCCAGUUUCCUGUGCGUGCCCCCGUCCGGACCCCUAACAUAACGAGGACGCCCAUUGCGUCGCGACACAGGGCCGGCCCGCCUCGUCCGCGGCAACACCAGAGCCGCCGCGCGUUUGGACAUCGUAUGGCUGCCGACGAUGCCGUGGCAGAAAUGAACCAGCACGGCUACACAUUCCCCGUUCCGGCCAGUGAUCCAUAUUCAGGGAGGCCACGCCAUCCCACUCCCCAGCUCGACGGCGCGUCUGGCCUUGACCACAUACGCACGUCGCCUCCCCUCGGAGCUCCUGCUGCAGAGACUGUAGCAAGCAGUGAGCCCACUCAGAAAGUGUGGCAGAUGGGCUUCGGCCAGCAAGCCAUGGGUAACCUGCCCAGCCAGCAAUUCGUAUUCGGUCCAAUUCCUCAAGGGCCGGCAUCGGCUCAAGGGUUUCCAAUACAGGCUAGCUCUGUGCUUCCGCAGUUUGCACAUACGCCCCUGGGAGGUCAGAGCCCCGGAUUCUUGAAUGUAGGAGCUCAACAUCAAGGACUCUUUCAGCAACAAGCACAAGCCGCUCCACCUCUACUCUCGCCGUGGCUGCAGUUGGGUCUUCAACAGAAUGCCUCGAUCAAUACCUCGAAUAUGCUGAACGGGAAUGGUAUAGCCACACCAUUUCCAGUGCAACCUCUGCUUGGAUAUACCAAUGGCACACAAGUCCCAUUUGUACCGGCUCCCGGAAACACCGCAGGUCAAGCUGCACCGGCUGUGGCCCCAAUGAACCCUUUCAACGGCAUGGAACUCGAUCCGAUGCUUGGCCAAGUUCCGAAUAUCCCGGCUCAGUCUCUUUCGAAUGAUCCUAUGGUCCAGGGUCUUGCAAACACUCAACAACCUGUACCGGACAAUCUCAUGCCACAGAACGGUCAAGGCUCUGCCACUGAAAUACCGGAUCAAGCCGACAACCAAGUUGCACCCUCUCCAGAUGCACAAUCCCAAGACGGGCAGGACGAACAACCGGCCCCAAGAUCAUCUCCCGCACCACUCUCCCAAGCGGAGUUGGAUAUGGAAGAGUUAAAUGAACGGAUAUCAUCUGCACAUGAGGCGGCCAUGCGAAGUGUCGAGCAACCAAAUGGCUCCAUAGUAGGGCCAACGCCGCCUUUCACGCCCGCUCCUCGAGCCAUGAAUCCGGGGCAGAUGGCGACAGCGUCAACGAGUGGCCCGAGUGUUGGCGAACAGCCUGGCCGACCUUCUGAUCAGGGGGAAGCGAGCCGGUCUCAAUCCAGACCGCAAGCCACCCGCGAGACAGAAACACCUGCACCAGCCGCGCAGGUAAACGGACUGGGCCGGCGCCUCAGGUCCAUAGCCUUGAACGAGCAAGUGGCCGAGCGCAAUCAUCACGGCCUGAAUGCACUUCAGAGUCGAGCUGGUGUACGACCCGACCACCACCAUCACCAGUAUCCUCGUGCAACCCCUUCUGAGCCUUUCCCCGUGCGCCCAGCGCUUGGAGAGGUACGGGUCGUCCACGGGGCGCACGGCCUGGAUGGCGCCAACACGCUGCACGGGGUGGCGCGCCGGACGAACAACGGGACCGUGAGGCCGACGGAUCUCAUGAUCGGGCCCAACCCGCGCGACCUCUGGGCCGGGGCCGAGGCCGCGACUUCCAGUUACCACGAAGGGCUGGAGCAGCGAGGCUUGGACAACUUUGGCUUUGCGGCUGGCGACUUCGAGGUGCUGGCCAACGAGGAGGGGCCGAUGGACUUGGGGCUGGAUGAAGAGCCGAACGAGAAUGACUGGACUUCGAUGUGA